AUUUAUGAUUUUUCGGUUCCUAUCAAAAUUUCGAUGCUAAAUGGAGAUAAAAUUCAAGCCCAGCCCAAAAAGCUACUACCCCAAAAUACUGAAAGCCCCGAAAUACUCAAACAGAAACAAUGAAAUGGUGCUGGCAGAAGCCGAACCGAUCUGUUGACAGUGUGAGUGAGCCGGAGCCCCGGACGGAAGGCUCGCGCAGCUACACAUGGAUCAAUGAGGAAGGCAUGGUGAUGAGCCGCCAGCUAACGGAAUACGAGUGCCAGCUGGAGGACGAUGUGCAGAGCCUGCAGGACUCCCUCUUCUCCAUAUCCUCGCACUAUGCCAGGAUACAGUUUCGCUUGCGACAAAUUACCACGUCCUCCGGGCAGGAGCGCCUGUGCCUGCUGCGGGAGCUGGAGCGCGUCAUCUGCCAGGGCAUCGAUGCCAAUCAGCAGGACAACGAGCUGCCCAAUCUGCGAUGCGACUCGCGCCGUUUGGGCAAUGUGCGCCGCAAGCAGCGCCAGAUCAUCGGGGAUCUGCGCAGUCGACUCUUGGACUUGGCCCAGGUAGCGGACGCAUGCUUCUGUGCCGAGACCGACAGCAGCUACGAGUCGCGCCGGUACUGGCAGUGCGAGGAGGACGACAACAUCUCACGCUCCUCGAACGAGGACGAACACGAGAGGGAAUGCCAGUGCAUCGUGUGCCGGGAGAAAGCCACUGCGAUGGCAUGCAAGCGUGGCUAUCUCUCGGAGAUCUGGGAUCCCGACGCCAACAGCGAAGAUGAGAUCGACGAGGAGCAGUCAACAAAGGGGAAGAAGAAGAAGAAACGAGCCAAGAAUAAGCAAGAUAAAAAGGAUAAGGAUAAGAAGAAUAGGGAAAGCAAAUCAUCAGCUAAAGCCUCCAAAUCCUCCAGCUUUAGCAAUUCACAGUUGAGUGAUCCCCAUAAGGCCAGCAAACGGAGCUCCAAAACUAACUCUCAGCGCAACACUGCUGCCCAACAGGAAAACAAUUCGAAGAAGUCCAAGAAGCCCGCCACAUCGUCGCGAAACAGUCUAACCAACUCGAGAGCUCAGCCACCGGAAAAAGAAAAGGAGAAACGUCGCCAGAGUACAUCCCAUCAGAAUUUCAAUGCUCAAAGAUUGAACAAGCCCAACAAUGGGGCUCAGAACUUCAGUCGGCGUAGUCCGCUGAUGUCCACAAUGCUAAGUCCCUUUACUAGCAGUAUCAAGCAUAUGACCUUGCAACAAUUUGCCGCCCAGGAUAAGCAGAACUCGCACCAUCAGCAGGAGUCGAAGAGAUCGCGGCAUGGAGUCAAGGAAUCGCCGCGAGGCUCCCCUUUGCAGGCCUCCAGGAGUGAGACUGGCAGCAGGCAGAGUCGAACUAGCUCGCAUCGUUCCACCCAAAGCUCGAGCAAUCUUCCUGCUGAUCCAGUUAGGAAGAAAUGCAUGUGCUGCAAUGGAGGCAAGGACCCAUCGGGCCAGCAAGCUAGAGCUCGAGACUCGGCCGGUCGAACCAGUCCGCAGAGCUCUAGAAUGCUGUGCCCCAACAAUGCCUCCAAUGAGCAAAACAAAUCAUGCGCGCCAGCCCAUAAUAUGUCAAGAACUUGUGCCAAGAACAACUCCAAUAUGAGAGUCUGCAAGUCCUGUCACACCUAUCAGGAGGGUCAACAGAUCUCGGUGAAUCCCAUCAAAUGCACAAGGAAAUCCUGCCUCAAGUCACAGCGCAGCGAAGUGGGCUGCUUGAAGAGAGUGAAGUACAAGUUCAAAAGUGAGCCCAACUUGUGUUACGAAUACUCCGAUGAUACCGAAAUCGCACAAUUACGAGCCACAGCGAAUUCCCUGCUGGGCGUAAGCUCCAUUUGCGGAGGUUUUAUCAACCCAACGAGAUCAGACAACAUUUAUGAUCACGGCUACGCUCCAAGUGAGGAGGAGUCGGACGUGCCUGAGAAGCCUGAAAAACCUGAGAAACCUGAAGUUCCUGAGAAAUCUGAAGUUCCUGAGAAACCUGAAGUGCCUGAAAAGCCUAAAAAGCGCAAAAAGUCGGAAAAGCCUAAAAGGCCUGAAAAGAAUGAAUGCGACUGCGAAGCAGACUGCAAAACAAGUAGUAAAAGAGAGAGAAAGAAAACCGCAGUGACUGAGAAACAGAGCAGCAUGAAUAUGAAGUCCAAAUCCUAUGCUCAACUCUGCUCCCUCUAUAGUCAGCCAGCAACUCAGCUCAGCACGAGCAAAUCGUAUGAGAAGUGUAAGAAUAGCUAUCCAGUUUAUCCCAGCUCUUCCAGUAAAUAUGGCACGCUUCAGAACACAAAGUUCGGGCGUCGAUUCUAUAAGCUGAUCUGCUCAACGCUGCGCACCCAAGUGGAAGAUCAAAAUGCUCCAAAGAAAGAGAGGAAUCAAAUUAGUAGGCCCAAAGAUGAUGGUCAAAACGCUGCUACGGAAGCAAUGGCUUGAGCUCGUAGCUCUGGAAGCAAGUAAAGCGAUUCCAUUUAUGAUCCUAAGUUAUUUUAAAACACUCUCAAAGUUCAGCAAUGUCUUCACUGACUUUGACAAUGUUUUAGGAUAGCUUGCGAUUAUUCUAGAUAGCUUCCAUAUUUUUAUUUUAUAAAGGGCUGUUAAGUAAAGCGUAAUGAAUGUGUGCAUAUAUGCUAUGAAAAAUAAAAAUAAAUAUUAUA